ACCAUCGGGGGGCGGCACAGACGCAUCAUUCAUCAGCACUCAGAGGAAGCAAAAUCGAAACUCCUCAAUGAGUUCACCUUCAGAUAAAUAGUUUUUCUUUUUUCCGCUCGGGUUUAUUUUAAUCCCUUUGCGUAUUGACACAAUGAACGGGUCCUUGCACUCAUCUCGGGACGCACUGGAGAUAAAACUUAGGCGAGGCCCGGCAGGUUUAGGAUUCAAUAUUAUCGGGGGCGUGGACCAACAAUAUGUUGUUAAUGACAACGGCAUUUAUGUGUCCAAAAUCAAACAAGAUGGAGCAGCAGCCCAGGAUGGAAGACUCCAGGAGGGAGACAAGAUUCUCUCGAUAAAUGGGAUCCCGCUGGAGAAUCGGACACACAAAUCUGUGGUGGAGCUGUUCAGAACGGCGGGAGAGAGCGUGGAGCUCCGUGUUCAGAAAAAGCCCUUUCUCGAGGACCAGCCCACAGACUCACAACCCGAGCACCACUCGCCGUCGUCAUAUCUGGAAAUCCUAGCUCUAUUUGCUGGAGUCAUAGUACUCCUAGCAGUCGCUUAUAAAAUGAAAAAAUAGACAAAAGACCUUUUUUAUUUACAUUGGCAGUAUCUAUAUAUUCAUUUUAAUAUCAAAAACUUUGCUUAAAUGCCAAAGAAGUGAAUGAAGGAACAAAGUCUGAACAUUAGAGCUUAUUUUUUGAUUAGUAGGUAAUGAUUUUUUUCCUUGUUCCUCCAUAUUUGGUGGUUUGACACCCUAAGCAACAGGAUUCUCUCUUAACACAGAGAUCAUGUUAAAUUAAGCUAUCUGUGAUGCACAGAGAAGAAGGACGUGGAUGUUUCCACUGCGUGGCGUCCUGUGCCCGAGUUCAUUAAUUACACUGAAAGACGGGUUUGUGAUCGAUCACUCAAUGGCUUCUUCGUAUUUCCGUUAUGGAUGGUAGAUGUGUAAGCGUGGGAGGAGCUCACUGUUAUCUCUAAGUUCAAGGUUUGAUUUUCAUUUUUGCUCAGGAUCAUGAGGGGAGCAUCUCCUGGUUGUGCUACUCACAUCCAGUUGUAGGAUCAGAAACUCCUUCAAAUAAUGUGAUGGAUUAUCCCAAAAGGAACGUUUUGGGUGUCUUUAUGUUUUUAGUGAUGCUAAUGGCAGAAUCAGUUUGCUCCUUGUUGCCAUAAAUGAAAAUCAACCCAUCAAAUCCACUCAUCAGUUUAUUCUUAUGAAUUUCCUCCUCAAAAUAAAAUCCAACCUGUCCGUGGGCUCGUUAGUUUGAAUCACAUUUCUGUUUAUAAUUGUUUACAAUAAUGUUUAUCCCAAGGAAUAAACUAUAUUACAGUUAUUUUUGAUCCACGGAAACUGUCCUCAGCUGGAGGCUGAGACGUUCCUUUUGGUUUAGCUGACGUGAAAUAAACCAUUAUUGUGACAGACCAAUUGCUGUUAAAUGGGGAUUAGUCAGAUGUGUAUUGUGGAUGUCUUUCUGCACAUCUGUAGAAUAAAUGUCUGGUUGUGGUCCUUAUGUAAAUAUAUUUCAUGUAACUGCUGAGUGAGGUUGUUUGUGUAGUAAGCCUGAAAACCAAUCAGAAGCAUAAAUAAACAGUCCGUGUUUGACCUCCACAUACCAAAUAAAAAUAUAAUUCACAUCCA